CCCUAAACAGACCGAAGAACAAUGCCCGCAGAAGCGCAAAGCUCGUCACUGGCGGGCGAUCUCGUGGCUCGCUUUUUGCGCACACAUAAUUAUACAGAGACGCUCCAUGUCUUCCUCCGCGAAGCAGGAUUGCCGGCCAACGCGGGGCAAAUCCGCGAUAAGGACGAGGAGGACUCCUGGACCAUCGAAGGCGUGCUCGACGAGAAACGAGCGUUUGACAAGAGCGUCAAGUUUGAGCGAUACAAUGAGAGCGACAAUGACAAGGAUAUCUGGAGUCUACCAGCACCAUCCAAUCCGACCAUCAUCCAAACGCCAACAUCCUCCAAUCUCCUGUCCUGCUCCGUAGAGCAAUGGCAGUACCACGACAGAAACGAGCAGCCAGAUCCCUUCCUAGUCGCCACGGGCGCAGACAAGCAGCUGCACCUGUUCCAAACCUCGGCGGGGCACGAGCUCGUGCAAACCUUCACCGGCACCUCCGAGGCGCCCAUUCUCUCCUACGCCCCGAUCCAGGCGGGCAAGCUCGUCCUCCUGACCAACAUGUCAGGCCAACUGCUCCUUCAGCGUGGCGCCAGCAUCGUCGACCGCAGGCACGACCAUGCCAAAUACGCAGUCAAGGUGGUCGCCCACGAGGAGAACGACACCGUCUGGAUCGCAACCGCCGGCUGGGACUCGAAGAUCUUUCUCUAUCAGCUCCGCAGCAGCAGCAGCAGCAGCUUGUCUGACAAAGACUCCGCCGUGUCCAUCGGCGAGCCGGUCGCGCAGAUCACCUUGCCGACGAAUCCAGAAUCCAUACUCUUCGUCCGCCACGUCGACACCAACGAGCUCGUCCUUCUCGUCUCGCGCCGUGACUCAACAUACAUCUACUACUACCAGGUCAAGUCCCAGCCUCCCACCCCCGCUACGGAAACCUCGCAACGGAGCGAAUGUGUUCUCCUCGGCAAGCAGAACCUGGCACCGCAUUCGAACGCCUGGGUUGCGUUCUCCCCCGCGUGCAUGGCCCUGAGCCCACAUGAUCCGGGUCUCAUUGCCGUUGCGACUUCGACGCUUCCGCAUAUGAAGGUCAUGAUCGUGCGGCUGUUGUUUCCUUCACUGGAGACACGGGGUGACGAUGUUGAUGGUGCGGGUGGCAGGGAGCCGGAGCUGACGCAGGCUGCGCAGGCAUUGGCGGCGCUGACGCUGCAGAAUCGAGAAGAUGCUGCCAUUAUGAUCCAGGCUAAUACCUUUGCGCCGCAGACGGCGUACUCGACGCCCCAGGUUGUGUGGCGGCCCGACGGCUCCGGCGUCUGGGUUAAUGGGGAUGAUGGGGUUGUUCGGGGCCUAGAGGUCAAGUCGGGUAAGGUCGUUACGGUCUUGAAGAAUGGGCAUGAAGCCGGGUGUAAGAUUAGGGCCAUCUGGGCGGGCUGGGUCGAGCUUUCGGGUCCGAGUGGUGAAUGGGUCAGGGAGGAAUGGCUUGUCAGUGGAGGGUUUGAUAAGAGGCUGGUGGUGUGGAAAGUGUAGUGUGUUUGCAUGCAUGAUUUGUACGGUCUGGCAUAAAUGAUAG